ACUCUUAGAUACACGUGACUUUUAUGUCAAUAUUGUCAAUUAACUGCAACGUGCAAACGGUGAACAUAACCUGAAACCAUGGUUCGUUUUAAGAACAGAUACUUUGUCAUUGAAAUAAAACCGCAUAUGCAGAGUGAUAAACAAUUGAUGUUAAAACAUAAAGUUCUGGUUGACACGGUUCAGAAAAAAGUGCGACAAUUAUACGGUGAUUUUGGACUGGCGGCAAUAAAAAACGGUUUUGACGCUAAAUAUUGCAACUCGUGCACCAAAAUAGCGAUAGUAAGAGUCAGACAUGGACCUCACAAAUUUUUAUUGCGUGCUAUUCCUUUAAUAAAUGAUAUAGAUAAUAAAUUAGUUAAAACAACUAUUUUAUAUGUUGGAGCAACUAUGAAACACUGUUUUCUUUUUAUCAGGAAGCACCAAGAAAAGGCGCUGGAACAAAUGUGGUCAAAAUUGCAAACAGAUAAUAAAAAAAAAGAAAUGGAGACUGUUCUAAUGACUCUGACACCUGCUAUGAGUCAAUUUAAGUGACAUUGUUUCCAUCUUCGUGGACAUAAAUUGUUUGUAGAACAAUUGCUUUUAUAAAAAAAAUUGUAAGUUUUUACUCACAAUAAUUUAAAUAUCAGAUUUUUACUAAAUAUAACACAACGCAGCAAUUGUGUGUUAAACAUUUAUCUGUUAUAAGUUAUAUAUAUAUAUACAAAAUUUUUAUA